AUGUCGUUCUUCAUCGAGAACAAGGCCGUGGGCGACCCCACCAGCUCUGAGGAUUGGCGCAUCCGCGGCUUCAACCCGCUCACGCCGCCGGACCUCCUGCAGAGCGAGAUCCCCCAGACGCCCAAGUCGCGGCAGACGGUGCUCGACGGGCGCAACGAGAGCGUGGCCGUGGUGCAGGGCAAAGAUGCAAACGGGCGGCUGCUCGUCGUCAUCGGGCCCUGCUCCAUCCACGACCCGGCCGCCGCCCUCGAGUACUGCGACCGCCUGGUCAAGCUGAAGGAGAAGUACCGCGACGACCUGCUCAUCGUCAUGCGCUCCUACCUCGAGAAGCCGCGCACGACUGUCGGCUGGAAGGGCCUGAUCAACGACCCGGACAUCGACAACUCGUUCAAGAUCAACAAGGGCCUGCGCAUCUCGCGCCAGCUGUUCGUCGACCUGACCGAGAAGGGCAUGCCGCUCGCCAGCGAGAUGCUCGACACAAUCUCCCCCCAGUUCCUCGCCGACAUGCUCAGCGUCGGCGCAAUCGGCGCCCGCACAACAGAGUCGCAGCUGCACCGCGAGCUGGCCUCUGGCCUGUCGUUCCCCGUGGGCUUCAAGAACGGCACAGACGGCACGCUGGACGUGGCCGUCGACGCCAUCGGCUCGGUCAAGCACCCGCACCACUUCCUGUCCAUCACCAAGCCCGGCGUCGUCGCCAUCGUCGGCACCACGGGCAACGACGACUGCUUCGUUAUCCUACGCGGCGGGAAGAAGGGCACAAACUUCGACGCCAAGAGCGUCAAGGAGUCGCGCGAGAAGCUCAGCGCAAAGGGCCUCAACGCCCGUCUCAUGAUCGACUGCAGCCACGGCAACUCGGAGAAGGACCACAACAACCAGCCCAAGGUCGUCCAUGCGCUGGCCGAGCAGAUCGCCGCGGGCGAGACGGGCAUCAUGGGCGUCAUGAUUGAGAGCAACAUCAAUGAGGGCAACCAAAAAGUCCCCAAGGAAGGCAGAGAAGGCCUCAAGUACGGCGUCAGCAUCACCGACGCGUGCAUCAACUGGGCCGACACGGAGAAGGUGCUCGAGGAGCUGGCUACUGCUGUUGCGACGAGGAGGUCUCUCUCCGGUCAGAACGGUACUAGCUAG